GGGUCUGGGGUGUGUCUGUGAUUGAUGCAUGGCAUGGCAUGUUAUGACGUUUAAUACAUAACCUAACAAAAUCAUCGGAAUAACAAUGUCUUUAAGUGUAGAAUUAAAUGAGAAUUACAUAUCGAAUUACAUUGAUUAUGAAGACUGGAAUAUGCUAAUACAGUAUUUGCACCCAAAAUUCGAAAUAACACUGAACGAUAUUACCGGAAAACACAAUCCCUUGAUGGUAUCACAGUCGGUGAUAAAAGUAUUGAGUACACUUUUAAAAGAGUUAGAUCACAAAGUAUCUUUAAAUGUUAACGUUGAUUUGUUGGGGGCCCUCAAGGAGUUAUUUCGGUCGUUACGGAAUUGUGUAGCUUUUAAUUCGGAUGUUCAGGCGUUAGUAUUGCAAGACCCUUAUUUGAUCAAUAGCACACGGGAUGUGCUAAACAAACUUUUAGACAUUAAUUACGGAAGCGAUUGUAUAGGAAUGGCAUUACAGUUUUUAAGCAACGUAGUGGCACGCAACAUUGAUGGCGCGACUGAGGUUUGGCAGAACCUUAGUCUUGUUAUUUUCAAGUUGUACAAAGGGGAUAAAUGCACCUAUAAUGCUGCUGCGCUUUUGUAUAACAUCUUGUACUUGAAAAAGGAUCUGAUUCCCUUAUGCGAAGAUAUCUAUGAGCACAUUGUAAAAUUGUGCAGCAACAGAGAUAUGACAAACUAUGACGUAUUCUUGUUGGAAUUGCUUAUACAGGACGAACACUUUUUUUCCUUUUAUGUUAGCUUCAAGCCGGAGUACAGGCUCACAGUACUAUCUUUAAUAGUGGAGAGUGAAUGUUUAAGUAAGGAUAAGCCGUUUGAAUUGAACUCCGAAAUUCCAGCAAUUAUUACGUCUCAAUUCAAACGAAAAUCAGACUGCAUACUGAAGACUGUAACGAAUUACGUUGAUCAAAUUGAACCCGAAGAAGUGGUAUUGUUAUUACAGAUUUUGGUGAAAUUGAGUGCCAAUGAGUUUUAUAGCAAAAAAUUGCAAUCCGAUCGAAGCCUACUUAUUAAUUGCGCAUUUUUAUUAAGAAGUAUUCACAGCUUAGGGAAAGAAUCUCAGAAUAACUUUACUGUUAUCUCGAAAUUAUCUGAAAUAAAUUAUAGUGACAGCGAUAUCAGUAAGGAUCCUAUAUUUGGCUUUAAGUCAAACAUAAUCAGAUUAUUGGGUAAUUUGUGCUGGAAACAUAAGCAGAAUCAAGAUGAGGUGAGAGAUUUGGACUGCAUUCCGCUACUUCUAGAUUGCUGCAAUAUUGAUGCCAGAAAUCCCUACAUAAUCCAAUGGACAAUAUUUGCCAUACGAAAUUUGUGUGAGAAUAAUCCCGAAAAUCAAGCAGUUAUCGCGUCAAUGAAUCAACAGGGAGUCGUCGAUUCCGCUACCUUACAAGAGAUGGGGCUAAUGUUGCAUGAUGAUGGUUCAAACAAAAUUUCGAUUGUACCUUUGGAUUCUCUAGCAAAAUAAUUUAUUUGUUGUCUGUUAUAUGUAUGAUUAAGUUUAUUUAAAUUCUAUAUAUUUAUGUGAACUAAAUGUUUUGUUUUAUAUGUAUAAUUAAUAGAAUUUAGUAGAAAGGAUGUAGGCAAAUUUAUUGUGGUAUUUGACUGUAGGAAAGUACAUAAGACUUUUAAUUAUUGUUAUGUUUGACAGUAAUUUAUGAUUUUAUUUGACGCUUAGAAUUAUUGCUAGUGGUUAAAAAAUAAACGAUUUACAGAAG